AUGGUGGUGCUUAAUGGUGUCCCUGUGCUGCUAUCCCCAGAGCCACUGUGUGGGCUGGGGUGGACGGGACAUGGAGACGUAAACCUGGGCAUCCCACAGCUCCCCGCUGCUGUGCUGAAGCUUCUGUCUCUGGACACCUAUGUGGAGAGCCCAGCUGCUGUCAUGGAUCUGGUACCUAGCAACAAAGAGAGGGGACUGCAGAGCCCACUGCGGAAAGAUUAUGGGUCCCUCCUGCUCAUGGCGGGCUACAUGAAAGCCCUGGCAAAGAUAGAGAGAUUUGAGCUCUAUGACUGAGCCAAAAAGCCCUUUGCUGUUGUUGCGACUGGGGUGAGUUCUAGGUUUGAGGUCAGUGUGUACAUGAGCCCUCAGGCUGCCAUCUGUGUCCUCAAGGAGCAGAGACGUGCGAGGAGACGCGAGCCUGCAGGCCCCUUCUGUGGGGAGCGCAGAUGA